AUGCCCAGCAAGCGUACACUGCUCUGGGAUUAUACCCUCACCAGGGACUUCCAAAACACUCCAGCUCUCAGAGAUACUGUCGGCACACUAUCCGAUAAUGGACCGCUGACCACAGUCAUCAACUGGAACGCGUGGAGGCCAUCAGAAUUACCCGAGUUCUUCCGAUUCCAGCCUAUGGUGCGGACUCCGGCCCAGCUAGAGGGUGGAGAGUGGGACUUGAUCAACGGUAGCAUCAAUGCCGAAAUUCAGAAGCCCGGAGAUGACGAGGUCAUUGUUUUCACGUUCAACGAGCCCGAGCGGAUCCCUCUAAGCCCAGGCGACGCAGCAGGGCUUUGGCGUGCGAGACUUUUCCCUUUGCGAAACCAGUAUGGUUCUCGGCUCAAGCUUGUGUCUCCCUCCUGCGCCUCAGACCCUGCUGGAAAUCAAUGGCUCGAAGAUUUCAUGGGGAUGCUGGGCGAUGACGAGAAGCCAGACUAUGUCGGCGCCCACUUUUACACCAGUCAAGACCAGUCCGCUGAAGACGGAAUUGCAGCUGCUAAGGACCACUUGGCAUUCUUAUGCAACAAGUUCGGCAAAGCUCUCAUUGUUUCCGAGAUUGCUAGCACUAGCCGCGAUGGAGGUAAUGUGGAAAGGUUCAGUCACGAGAUUGUGGACUGGAUGGACGCGCAAGGCUGGAUCCACGCAUACGCUCUUUUCGCCGCUAUGCGUGAAAUAGCGGAUGGAUUUGUAAGUCCUGCUGCCCAGUUGAUGGACAAUGAAGGGCGUUGGACGAGUUUGGGCCGUUGGUGGGCCGGAUCAUCAUAA